UUUUAUCUCCGUAAUGGCUACUAAUCGAUAUUGUGUCGAUGUAGCUAAGCGAGGUACUGCUGGCUGCAAAGAGUGCAAAGUAAAAAUUGAAAAAGGACUAGUGCGAAUAGCUAAAAUUCUUCCUAAUCCAUUCACUGAGAGCGGUGGUGACAUGAAGCAGUGGUUUCAUGUUAGAUGCAUCUUCGAGAAGCUUUCCAGAGCUAGAGCAACCACGAAAAAGAUUGAUGAUACAGAUGACAUUGAAGGUUACGAUGAGCUUGGUGAUGAACAUAAAGAAGAAAUACUCAAGUGCCUAACAGAAUUUUCCACUGGUUCAUCUGCAAAGAAAACUCCAAAGAAAACCCCAAAGAAGACAGAAAAAACAGGAUAUGAUUCAGCUACUGAUUCAAAAGAUAAUUCAUUAAGAGAGUUUCGAAAACUGUGCUCGCAACUUGAAGGAGAACCCAGUUAUACAAAGAAAACAGAAAUUAUCUCAAAUUUCUUUUCUAAAGGUUCAGAUGGCAAUGGCUUCAAGGGAAAUCUGUAUCUUUGGGUAAAAUUACUACUCCCGGCAGCUCAUAAAAGGGUUUAUAAUCUUCAGAGUAAACAGCUGGUUAAAUUAUUUAGUGAGAUAUUUCAAACACCACAAGAAGAAAUGCUUGAAGAUUUAGAAAAUGGUGAUGUUGCUGAAACAAUUCAUAAGUAUUUUGAAGAAUCUGAAUCUUUCCCACCGGUGAAGAAGAGCACUCUUUCGCUUUUUGAAGUUGAUGCAUUUUUAGAUAAGUUGACAAAAGUAAGUCGUGAAAGCGACCAAGCUGAAAUAUUGACUAAAGUGGCCAAAAGGUGCACAAGUAAUGAUUUGAAGAUGUUUAUUCGGUUCAUCAAGCAUGACUUGAGAAUUAACGCUGGCCCUAAACCUGUAUUAACAGCUAUUCAUCCCACUGCUUAUGAAGCUUUCCAAGCAUCCAGAGAUUUGGAAGACAUUGUCAAACGCUCCUUAGAAAACAAAGGGAAUUCAGAACUGUCUGUACAAUCAACAUUAAUGACACCAGUGUUACCUAUGCUGGCUAUGGCAUGUAAUUCUGUGGAUGAAGCAUUCAAGAGGUUUCCCAAUGGAUUUUUUGUUGAGCUUAAAUAUGAUGGGGAAAGAGUCCAGUUGCAUAAAAGAGGACAAGAGUUCAGUUAUUUUAGUCGUAGUUUGAAACCUGUUAUGCCUCAUAAGAUUUCUCAUUUCAAAAACUACAUUCCCCAAGCCUUUCCUCAUGGCAAUAAUUUAAUUUUGGACUGUGAAAUUCUGCUUGUCACCAAUGAUGGAAAACCUUUGCCUUUUGGUACUCUAGGAGCACAUAAGAAAACCGCUUUUCAAGAUGCUUCAGUUUGUUUGUUUGUCUUUGAUUGUCUUCAGUACAAUGAUGAAAAUUUGAUGAAAAAGCCUCUAGUUGAGCGCAAGAAGAUUCUUGAAAAAAAUAUGACACCAGUUAAAAACCAUAUCAUGUUUUCUGAAAUGAAAGAUGUUAAGGAAAAAGAAGAAUUGGCAGAAAUAAUUCAAUCUGUAAUUGAUCAAGGUCUGGAAGGUCUUGUAAUUAAAUGCAAACAGAGCAUAUAUGAGCCUGGUAAGCGACACUGGCUGAAAGUAAAAAAAGAUUACCUUGCUAGAGGGAAGAAGGGGAAAGGUUCGGCCAAAGAGGAGAACAGCUUGUCCAAAGAUAAUAAGAGGAAAAUGGUAGAUACGGCCGAUCUAGUGGUUUUAGGUGCAUAUUAUGGUACUGGAAAGAAAGGAGGCAUGAUGUCAAUUUUUCUCAUGGGAAGCUAUAAUCCAAAAACUGACAAGUUUUAUACUGUUACUAAAGUUCAUGGAGGGUUUUCAGACGCUGAGCUUGAUCAACUGCAGAAAUCAUUAAAAAUGAUUAAAAUUAGCAAAGACCCUUCAAAAGUUCCUUCCUGGUUAAUAGUCAACAAAUCUUUAGUUCCUGAUUUUGUGUCUGAAAAGCCAAAGGAAUCUCCUGUAUGGGAAAUCACUGGUGCUGAGUUUUCGAAAGCAGAAAUUCAUACAGCUGGAGGGAUUUCAAUUCGGUUUCCUCGCGUUACUCGUGUGAGGGAUGACAAAACAUGGAAAGAAGCUACUAAUGUCCAGGAACUGAAAAACUUGUAUGUGGCUUCAAAGCAAACAUCUGAAAUUGUGGGCUUAUCACCUGUCAAGAAAGUAAAGAAAGAGAACAAUAGUAGUCCCUCACCUCCAAGUGGUGAAAGAAAGAGAAGUUCAAACUCCGAGAUACAAGACGAUACUGAUUCAACUCCUGUGAAGAAAGCACGUAAAGAAACUAGUAGCAGCAACUCUUGUUCUCCAGAUCGUAAAAACAAAACUGAAUCAUCAUCAUCAUCAAGUACUGAGAAUCUCCCUAAUGUUUUUUCUGGAAUGAAACUUCAUAUUCCUUCUUCGAUAGAAAACGCCGAUGUUCUGAGAAGAUACUUUGUUGCCUUUGACGGCCAUCAUUUGAAGGAGUAUCAGAAAAGUGAUGCAAAUUAUUCCAUUAUACAAGAUAAAAAAGAAAUUUUGAAAUCUUCAACAAAACAAGUCACCGUUGACUGGCUGUGGGCUUGCAUAAAACUGCAAAGAAAAUUACCAAUCCAUUUCUUUGACGGCCAUCAUUUGAAGGAGUAUCAGAAAAGUGAUGCAAAUUAUUCCAUUAUACAAGAUAAAAAAGUAAGUACGGUAGAUUUCAUUAUUAAUUUGCGUGUUUGA